AUGCAGAAUGUGCUUCUUGGUGGCACAAUCAUCUCAAUCACAGCGAUCGAAUGGUCUAUAUACGAAAUGCUCAGACAACCACGGAUAAUUAAGAAAGCAAGAGAAGAACUGGACAGGAUGAUCGGCAGAGAUAGAUGGGUGGAAGAGAAUGACUUCACCCAAUUGCCCUACAUUGAUGCCAUCAUCAUGGAAACAUUCCGUCUGCAUCCAAUUGCUACGUUUUUAGGUCCCCAUUACGCUAUUCAGGAUUGCAACGUUGCAGGAUACCACAUAUCGAAAGGGACUACCGUGCUCAUGAAUGCAUGGAGCACGGGUAGGGACCCGAGUACAUGGGAUGAAGCUAGAGAGUUCAUGCCUGAGAGGUUUGUGGGGAAACAUACGGAGAUGACCGGAAGUAACUUUUCCCUACUGCGGUUUGGCUCAGGUAGGAGGAUGUGUCCUGGAUACAACCUCGGGCUUAAGAUUGUUCGAACAACGCUGGCUAACUUGUUGCAUGGAUUUGAGCUUAAAUUGGAUGAGGGCACGAGGAAUGAAGAUGUGAGCAUGGAGGAACAAUAUGGACUCCACUAA